AUGUUCAACACCUACAUUUGUAUUGGAUGCUUUGGAAAUAAUCAUAACCAUUUGACAGCUGCUGUAGUUUCGAAUGAUCCUUCAAUUGUACAGCCCAAAUAUAAAGAAGAAUGUUUUUCAUCACUCAUAAAGCCCCUUGUUGGGUGGAAUAUUUUGCCAGCUGAUGCUGAGAUCAUUGACAUCAACAAAAGGUUAUUUACGCAGCUGAAUGCUAAGUUCAUGAACACUAAUAAUUUGGAUAAGGGUGAGUUUAUUAGUAGUUUGAAUUCGUAUGUAGAAAACAUCAGGGACAAACAUGCUUGGGAUCUUGGUUCAUCAGAAAUACUCACCAUUUUGAGGUAUUGUCUUUCUCCAUCCAAAGAUGCUUAUGACAGUAUGGUAACUGUGAAGCUGGAGUGGGAGAGCCAAGCAGUGUUAGCCUCGUCGGUUUUGCAUUUGAAGGCUUGCGACUGGGUUCCUAAACUUGAAGAUGUUAUAAAAUAUCUUGGCUUGAUGCUUGAUGAGAAAUUUCCGUCAUUGGUGUUACAUCCAUUGUUUCACGAGGAACUAAUAUCAAUUGAAGAAGUGGUUAGUUGUUUAAAUGCUGAAGCCAAAUUUUGUCACUUAAUUUUCUCGAGAGCCAAAUCAAAUGUCCUUCUUCGAAAAUCGUCUGUUGCAGUAACAAUGGAUCAUCGCCAAUGGCGUCCCACUCCUCCCCCCAAUCUCUGCCCCACUUGCUUCCUCUCCCACUUCCCCUUCUGCCCCCCUCCACCACCCUAUCACCCCCACCCAUUCCCACCCGAUCACACUCACCAACCCCCUCUCCCUUACGCCCCGGCCAACCCUAAUUUCCCCAACUUCAAGAGACCCCGAAUCCACGACAACAACGACAGCAACAACAACCCUCUCAAUUUCUCCGACGACCAGCGCAGGCUACAGCUCAUUCGAGAUCAUGGAACCAACCCCUCUCACCUCCACCCUCACGCGCCACACCAACCACAACACACUCAGAACGCCUUCCCUCCACACGACGCCGUUCCGCCUCACCAACCUCACAAUGCCCAAUUCAGACCUUCCCCGCAACCCUUCCACCCUUAUCCAGAACCCUCGCAACGCCUUCCUGAUGCUUCCGCCGCCACUUAUCAUCACGCUCACGCUCCUCACGUUGGCAUGCAGCCACCACCGCCUCACGUUAAUUUCCCUUCUCACGAAGGCAACCACCACAAUCAUCACCAGUUGAAUGGAAGUGUUGGUCACUAUCCUUACCCGUACCCUGCGAGUAACCAUAGCAACAAUUCUUGUGAUAAUAACAUGGAAGCUUCUAGAUUCUUCAGGGGUCACUCUCAGCCUCCUCUUCCUUCUUCGCCGCCGCCGCCUCUUCCUAUGGAACCAUCCAUGAAUCAAUUGAAAACGUACUUUUCACCGCCGAAGAAACCGGCUUCUCUAUUUCCCGUUCACUUGAGCUCAUCUCCUUCGUCUUACUCGCAAGUAUCAGAACCUCACUCCUUACCUCAGCCCUAUUACCCCACCGGUUUUCCUUCCGAGGCAUGUUUCUCAUUUUUCUCAGUAUUUGACCCGUCGAAGCAGUACUUGGGAGAUUCCCAACCUUUUUCGUUAAACCAGUUUUCUGCUGACAGACCUAAAUUUAUCGAUGCUUCACAUUUAUUUCGACAUCCUCAUCGGGCUUCGCGGCCUGAUCAUUUUGUGAUAAUCUUUCGAGGUCUUCCAGGUAGUGGUAAGAGUUACCUAGCAAAGAUGUUGCGCGAUCUUGAGGUUGAAAAUGGCGGUGAUGCUCCUCGAAUUCAUUCUAUGGACGAUUAUUUUAUGACUGAGGUUGAAAAGGUUGAGGAUAGCGAGUCAUCAAAAUCUUCAAGUUCAGGAAGAAACAAGAAGCCUGUGACAAAGAAGGUCAUGGAGUAUUGUUAUGAACCUGAAAUGGAGGAGGCUUAUCGGUCAAGCAUGUUAAAAGCUUUCAAGAAAACUGUCGAGGAAGGAGUUUUCACCUUCAUUAUUGUGGAUGACCGCAAUCUGCGGGUAGCUGAUUUUGCUCAAUUUUGGGCAACUGCAAAGUUGUCUCCAUGUAGCAUAGCUCUGGGGGUAGGGAGUUCAUCAUUUUCUGGUGUAACUCUCCUUCAUUCCUAUCUUAUUGCAAUUCCAAUAAGACUGUUCACAAAUUUGACUCCCAUCAUGAGACUUUCUAUGACUCAUGUUAUGCACAAAGCUGUUAAAGAUGAAAAGAUCGGGGGUUGUGCUGCUCGGAAUGUCCAUGGAUUUACACAGGAAGACAUAGAAAAGAUGUCUAAGCAAUGGGAAGAAGCUCCGUCCUUGUAUCUACAGCUUGAUGUGAAGUCAUUAUUUCAUGGGGAUGAUCUAAAGGAAAGCAGAAUACAGGAGGUUGACAUGGAUAUGGAAGAUGACCUGGGUGAUGUAAAACCUCCAGUUCAAGGAAGAGAAGCUGAGAAAAUUGUUGAUCCUCCUGUUGGGGAAGAUGCAAGUUUCCUGAAGGCUGGAAAAAAUUGGGGUGCUGAAGGGGAACAUCCAACAGAAGUCAGGGAAUUGGGUAAAAGCAAAUGGUCAGAAGAUUUCGGUGAAGAUGACAUUGAUCAAACUGAAGGUAUGAAGGGCAAUAUUAAUGCUCUGUCUGGGUUAAUUCAUCAAUAUGGCAAGGAACGAAAAUCUGUACAUUGGGGUGAUCAGGGUGGCAGGCCUGGGUUUUCAAUUGGGGCUGCAAGGAAGGUAAAUGCAUUGUCUAUAGUGAUCGGACCUGGUGCUGGAUACAACCUGAAAUCUAAUCCAUUACCUGAAGAAGAUAGUCCAAGCCGUAAUAGUGUGGAAUCAAAGAAGCAUAGCAUAUUUCAAGAACGAAUCCGGGCUGAACGAGAAUCUUUCAAAGCUGUUUUUGAUAGGAGAAGACACAGGAUUGGCGGACUUGAUGUGGAGGAGGACUAA